CAGUAAAUUGUGAGUUCCCAUUCAGUUUGAAACAUUCGCUGAUAGUCGAGUCAAUAAAUCAAUCUAGUUUCAGUUUAUGUUCAACAUUCAUCAUUAAAGAUAAGUUGGUCAUUUUUCUAUAGUACAUUUUCUUUAAUUUUCAUUAAAUUGGUUCGAUAAAAUAAAUCAAAAUUAAAUCGAUAAUUAAAAACAAAAAACUUUGAUUCAAAAUGGUUUUGACUCCAAUGCAAUUCAACCUUACCAUCAUUUUGGCUUUUGUCGUUUGCUGCAAUUGCCAAUCAGACGGCCACGGCCUUUCUUCCUCUUGGGCAAAACUCCAAAUCUCACCGGAUACGUUAAGUUCCAUGGAGUACGGCAACUUUCUCAUUGAGAUUUACGAACACGCCAAUAAUCACAAGGCAACGACAGCUGCUAGCCAAAAAAAAUACUUUUACUCUCCCCUUGCGCUAUUGGACCACAAAAGUGCCGUUAGUAUCUACAACAACGUCACUAAUCAACCAGAGAUGAGAUUUCGUGUGGAAAUGUGGAACGACAAAGUCCAAAAUGAAGUCGUGAAACAUUUGAAUGAAGUCGUCGGUUAUGAAAUUAAAUCUAACAAAGUGAGAGUUAUUCCCUUGGAGAAGGUCAUUCUCUCAAGCAACCUCCCCACGGCAGAUUAUUCUUUAUCGCCAGUGUGGACGAUUUAUGACAAGAGAAAAACCUUGAGACUUUCUCUGUCGUGUUAUGACCAGAAGAUUUGCAACAAACUGGCCAAUGAAAUGCGAUCUAAUCCCGAACAAUUUGACCAUUUAAAAUUCCUCUACAGUUUGUCAUCGCAAACGUCGCAAACUAAACAGACGACCAUCAGCAUCGGCAGCGUCACUUCCGGUCACAUGAUCACUACUCUUUUACAGAAAUUUGAUGACAAAAAGGAAAUUUUUCUGACGGCCAACGACGAGAAGAAAAUGCUGAUGGAAGCGGCCACCAACAUCCGAAUGGAUACAUUUGACGAUUCCGAGGUCGGGUCUCCCGACACGGAGUUUCAAAUUUUAAACAUUUUAAAGGAUUUGCUGGUCACGUCUAGGACGACUAUCAAAGAACAAAGUGACAAGAUGUGGGAUUCUGUUUUCUGGAAUGAGGAAAAUUACCGGCCGGAUAAAACGACGAAAACUUUAAAUGAAAUCAUAAAAAAACUAGACACGGAAACUCAAAGAAAACUGGCGGAUAUGUUUCAAAAAGCGGAAAGGCAUUCGGAAAUAACAGAAAAAUUUACUUCGAGUAAUAAAGACGCGGAGAAAAGACGAGAGGAACAACUUCGUCGCGAAAAUCAAUCGAAAGAUGCAAAUGAAAAUGAAAUGAGAAGAUCACAAGCAACUCAUCAAGAGCAAUCCAGUCGCAAUCAAACACGCGAUGACAAAUCAACAACCAGCAGAGAUAACACUGAUAUCUCCGUCGAUGGCGUCGGCUCUGACGACGGCGUUAAAAUUGCGACCAAUAAUAGUCACACGCACAAUACCGAUCAACAAAACGAAAGGAAGGAAAGUGCAAAGAAAAAUUCAGAUGAAUAUGACCGAAAAAUGGAAAAUAAAGAAAGAAUUCAGCACAAUUACGACUCAAACAGCUGGACUAACGUGGACAGAAUCAGUUCAACGAUUUCAGGGAAAAUGGCAAACGAUUUCGAUAAUUCCCGGCGAAUUGAAAUUGUGAAGGAAGACGUGGAAAAGUUAUUGCAAGAAAGUAGAAACCACGUCCAAUGGGACGGAGAGAAAUUCGUGCCCAAACCCAUGCAACUGAGUAGAAUCAAUUUGGGCAAAUUUCGUGAUACCCAAUCCUUUCAGAAUCAUAACGUUCGUGUUCGUUACACAAACGCCGAAUUGUCGGCGCCCAUCAAAUUUGUAGAACACGCAGAAUUGACUAUCACUGACGAAUGGAACAAUGUAAAGGACGAAUUGAUAGAAACUAGAGAAAUCUUAAAAACAAUUAUAAUUAACUUGGCGAAAACGAAUAACGAACUGAGUAAUGUAAAGAGUGAUUUAACCAAUACGACAAUCGAUUUGGCCAAUAAAUUAGAAGAGACUAGAAAAGAUUUGGUGAAAACUAAAACUGGCUUGCUGGAGAAAACGACGACCGUCGAUGAUUUAACAGUAAAACUUAAUGUGACAAGCAUAGAAUUGGCAGAAAUGAAAAUCAUCACCAGAAAUUUGUCAACGGAACUUAAAGAAACUUUGAUGAGCUUGACGAAAACAAAUACCGAACUUGGCAACGUGAAGAGUGAUUCAACCAACACGAGAAUCGAUUUGGCUAGUAAAUUAGAAGCCACUGUUGCGAAAAUUAAUAACGAAAUGGAAAAAACGAAUACCAAUUUCAGUAAAAUCAUCUAUGAUUUCUCAAAAAAAUUAUUAGCGACUGAAAAUGAACUGUCAGAAUCGAAGUUGAGCGUUAAAAAUAUUUCAUCGGAACUAAAAGCGAAUUCGCAACGCUUUGGUUACGAGCUAACAACAACCGAAGACAACCUGAGAAAAGAACUGAGAGCAACUUUAGAUAAUUUGGAAACGACAACAACAAACUUGGCCUCAGCGAGAACCGAAUUGAGUAGCGCAAAGUCUGCCAUUUCGGAAUUGACGACCAAAUUAAAUGCCCGAACGAGUGAAAUAGUUGACAUUGGUAAAAUGCCAACCUCGUGUGCGGAUCUGCAGCGAAUGGGACAAAAAAUCAACGGAUUCUUUUUGGUUAAAGGAUCGAAGAAGAUGGAAACGGUUUACUGUGACUUUUAUCCUAAUCAAAAUGACAAACAGAAAUGGAUUGGAUACGCCGACGUCAAAUCAGCGCCCGUCCAUUUCUACGUCACGAGAAAUUCUUCAUUUUCCACAACUGGAACUCCGAUUCCGUUCGAUUUGGCACGGGUGAACGAGGGAAAUGCCAUGGAUUUGACAUCGGGUAUAUUCACGGCUCCGCGACCGGGAAUUUAUUUCUUUUCAUUCACGGGAAUGGCGGCAUUUCCAUCUUCAUCAUCAUCUUAUGUUGCUUUAGGAGUUAGUCUUUUUUUGAAUGGAGUUAAAAUCGGGACGGGUAGGGUUGAAGAGGCAAACACCGUCGAUAAUCAAUGGAGUCCGUUGACCCUUCAGUUGACGUUGAACUUGAAAAAAAACGAUCAAGUCUUGGUGCAGAUUUAUACCAUGUCAACAGGGGUGAAAUUGUUAGACGACAGUCUCCACUUCACCCAUUUCACGGGUUUCAUGUUGGAGGAGGAAAUUGUGGCGUCCCUUUGAGGUUCAACAUCCCAAAUAAUUGGCGACACGAACCAAAAUGCGCAAAAUGAACGUCGACACGAAUAUUUGGGGAAGAGGAUUUUAAAGGGGAAGGGAAGAUAAUUCAUUUGAUUCUUAUUCAUUAAGGGAUUUCUUUACGAAAAUUGAACUAUGUAUACAAUCAUGUUUACUCAGGCUGUCAAAAUCUGAAUGGGAGUUCGAAUGUUUAUUAAAACAGCAAUUACCAUUCGCACCCAUUUCACGGAUAACCGUGCGCCCCUCUUUCAAUCGAAAUGUGCAAAAUGAUAAUAGACAAACAAUUCGAACGAAAUGAAUUUUUCUAUUGGAUCCGAUUCACUUCCCGAUCUAUUUGUCGUCGCCCUGUUACCAUAUAAACAACUUCUGUCAUAAAAAUUGUAACCUUUAAAAUUCUUCAGCCUUGACUGGUUGAUCUCAGCACGCUCCGAAGUUGAUUUCUAAGAGUCGCGGAAUUAGCUACCGAAGGAUCACUAACCAUUUUACCAUUCACUUGGUAAUGGAAAAGCGGUUAAAAGAAGAAAAGCCACGCCCGUUAAAGAUAAGGAUAAACUAACAGGGUUCGAACUUCGAAGAUUGCGUAUUUUAAAAUUAACUUUAUAUGAUAAAGUACGCCUUAAGAAUAAUUGUCGAUAACCAAAUAAACCAGAUGUCAAGAGUUCGACCCUUUCAGAUGUCAAGAGCUCG